AUGCCGGGCCGGCGGCGGUCCGGACCCACGGCCGGUUUCUUCAUCAUGGUGGCGCCGCUUGCCGCUCGGCUGUGGUUGUUGGCCGCGCUCCUGGCCCCGGCGACGGCCGUAUACGAGGACCAAGUGGGCAAGUUUGACUGGAGGCAGCAGUAUGUUGGGAAGCUCAAGUUUGCCUCCUUGGAAUGUGCCCCCGGAUCGAAGAAGAUGGUUGUGGCUACGGAAGAGAAUGUGAUUGCAGCACUGAACUCCCGAACAGGUGCUAUCUUGUGGCGCCAUGUAGAUAAGGGUACUCAGGAGGGAGCUGUUGAUGCCAUGCUUCUUCAUGGGCAAGAUGCACUCACUGUAUCCAAUGGGGGCCGCAUCCUGCGCUCUUGGGAGACCAACAUCGGGGGCUUGAACUGGGAGAUGUCCUUGGAUUCUGGCAGUUUUCAGAUGGCCAGCCUGGUGGGUUUGCAAGAUGUGGUGAAAUAUGUGGCAGUGCUGAAGAAGACCACGCUCACUCUUCAUUACCUUUCCAAUGGACACCAGAAGUGGGUGGAACAGCUUCCGAAAAGUGAGAGCGUUCAGUAUCAGAUGGUGUAUUCAUAUGGCACUGGAGUGUUGUGGGUCCUGGGGGUUGUUCCCAACAGUCAUGUGAAUGUCGUGACCUUUCAUGUGGAAGAUGGUGAGAUGGUUCAGCAGGUCAGGGUUUCUGCACCGUGGCUGAAGAGCUUAAGUGGGGUUUGUGGUGUGGUGGGCAAGGCUGUGCUGGUAUGCCCUGACCCAGGCACACGGUCCCUUUUCACUUUGGCCCUGGAGACAGAAGAGGAGAUGAAAAGAACCCCACUGCAGGCCCUUGAGCUUGAAUUUGGCCAAGGUUUCCAGCCCUGGGUCCUGCCCACCCAGCCCAGUCCCACAAGUGCCUCCCGGCAGCAGUUCUUCUUGCAGCUAGCCCCCAGCCAUUUUGCUCUGCUGCAGUACCGCCCGGAAGGCCUGAGUCUGCUCCGAAGCUUCCCACAGACUGCUCUGGUGAGCUUUGGUACCAGUGGGGAGAAGACUGUGGCAGCUGUGAUGACCUGCCGUACUGAAACUCAAAAAGGCGGGAGUGUUGAAGAGACGACAUUGACAAAGAGCGCUUUUGACAAGUCUAGCACACAGGAAGCCCUUGUCUGCACUAACCAAACUUACACCAUCAACCUGUACUUGGCAGAGACAGGACGGCGGCUGCUUGACACCUCAAUCACCUUCAGCCUGGAACAGAAUGGCACCCAGCCCGAGCGGCUGUAUAUCCAGGUCUUCCUGAAGAAGGAUGAUUCAGUGGGCUACAGGGCUCUGGUGCAAACAGAUGACCACCUCCUCCUCUUUCUUCAGCAGCUGGCUGGAAAAAUGCUGCUCUGGAGCCGAGAGGAAUCACUGGCAGAAGUGGUGAGCUUGGAGAUGGUAGACCUGCCCCUGACCGGGGCCCAGGCUGAGCUGGAAGGAGAGUUUGGCAAGAAGGCAGAUGGCCUUCUGGGGAUGUUCUUGAAGCGCUUGUCCUCCCAGCUCAUCCUGCUGCAGGCCUGGACCGCCCACCUCUGGAAAAUGUUUUAUGAUGCUCGGAAGCCUCGAAGUCAGAUUAAGAACGAGAUCAAUAUUGACAACCUGGCAAGGGAUGAGUUCAACCUCCAGAAGAUGGUGGUGAUGGUGACCGCCUCAGGCAAGCUCUUUGGCAUCGAGAGCAGCUCGGGCACCAUCCUGUGGAAGCAGUACUUGCCCAACAUCAAUCCGGACUCCUCCUUCAAGCUGAUGGUGCAGAGAACCACAGCUCACUUUCCCCACCCCCCUCAAUGCAUUCUGCUCGUGAAGGACAAGGGCCAACAUUGUUUCCGCUGCUCCUGCUUCUUUCUACCCUGUACCAGCUCUGUGACUCUUGGCAAGUCAUGUUAUAAAAUGAAAACAGGAAGGAGUUCUCUGUAUGUCUUCAACCCUAUUUUUGGGAAGUGGAGCCAGGUGGCUCCUCCCGUGCUGAAGCGACCCAUCCUGCAAGCCUUGCUUCUGCCCAUCAUGGACCAGGACUACGCCAAGGCUCUGCUGCUGAUUGAUGAUGAGUACAAGGUCACAGCUUUCCCGGCCAGCCGUAACGUCCUGCGUCAGUUACAAGAGAUGGCGUCUUCCAUCUUCUUCUAUCUUGUAGAUUCGGAACGGGGCCGACUGUCUGGAUUCAGGCUGCGCAAGGAUUUGACAACAGAGCUGAGCUGGGAGCUGACCAUCCCACCCGAGGUACAGAGAAUAGUGAUGGUGAAGGGCAAGCGGACCAGCGAGCAUGUGCACUCGCAAGGCCGAGUGAUGGGCGACCGCAGCGUGCUCUAUAAGAGUUUGAACCCCAAUCUUCUGGCUGUGGUGACAGAGAGCACAGAUUUGCACCAUGAACGCACUUUUAUUGGCAUCUACCUCAUUGAUGGUGUCACAGGACGCAUCAUCUAUUCCUCGGUACAGAAGAAAGCCAAAGGACCUGUCCAUCUUGUACAUUCAGAAAACUGGGUGGUGUACCAGUAUUGGAACACCAAGGCACGCCGUAAUGAGUUCACUGUGCUGGAGCUGUAUGAAGGGACAGAGCAGUACAAUGCCACGGCCUUCAGCUCCCUGGAUCGCCCUCAGCUCCCCCAGGUUCUCCAGCAAUCGUAUAUCUUCCCCUCAUCCAUCAGUGCCAUGGAGGCCACCAUCACAGAACGUGGUAUCACCAGUCGCCAUUUACUCAUUGGGCUACCCUCAGGAGCAAUUCUCUCUCUGCCGAAGGCCCUGCUAGAUCCUCGACGUCCUGAGAUCCCAACAGAGCAAAGCAGAGAGGAGAACUUGAUCCCAUAUUCUCCAGAUGUACAGAUCCAUGCAGAGAGGUUCAUCAAUUACAAUCAGACCAUCUCCAGAAUGAGAGGCAUCUAUACUGCUCCUUCUGGCCUGGAGUCUACCUGUCUGGUUGUGGCAUAUGGGCUAGACAUUUACCAGACCCGAGUCUACCCAUCCAAACAGUUUGAUGUCUUGAAAGACGACUAUGACUAUGUAUUGAUCAGCAGUGUCCUCUUUGGCUUGGUCUUUGCCACCAUGAUCACAAAGAGACUGGCCCAAGUGAAGCUUCUGAAUCGUGCUUGGCGGUAAAGAAAGACACGUCAUGUCCUCAGAAAGAACAUUGAGGAGGGGUGUCAUGAAGGCCAGAAUCCACCAAUGUGAUUUGACAGACUGGCAAGGAAGUGUAUUGGGAAAUGCCUAGAAAGCUCAGCUCAGCCAGGGUUCUAUCCAAGGAGGAGGUGGAUUUCUGUGAUGAACUCCAGGAGACAUGACUUGGCAUCUCACAGUGGACUUAAGACUUACUACCUGUACUGAAAGUCUGGAAAAACUUUUGUGGAUUUCCCUCACCCCCAUUGUUUCCAAACUCUUUAAAACCCUUUGGGCUUUUUUUUCCUUCUUCCAGAUUUUACUCAUGGGAUUAGGGUGGGUGGGUGGUGAGUGGGGUUGGGAGAGUAAUGCUCUGAGGAUUAAUUUCUAGUUUCUGAGAGUCAGCCUGGCCAGCAUAAUGGAUAGAAUACUGGACUUGUCAUUUCACACCCACCUUCUACUAGCUUUGUGACCGUGGGGAAGUCA